AUGGACCACACCAAUGAUGAACGACGACAGAAGAGAAGAGUAAACACAGGAAACUAUGAUACCAAGGCUAAAGUGGUCGCUGAGAAGUUAAAGGGCAAGAAGGAUCUUGAAAUCAUUCAAUGGGCCGAAUCUCAUUUGAAUUUCCAUAUUCGACAUAGAAUGAAUAUUUAUCGUUGGAAGGAAAAUCUCAUCAUUCUAAAAUUGGCUGAACAAUAUGCUGGACUUGUUGAGAAUGCAGAUGUUCCGAUAUCAUUAAGAGCAAUUAUUGGGGACCAAAUUUUAUAG